CUCCUAUUUCCUCGCUCGGCAGAAUGUUUCUCCGGAAUCGACUCUGUUGAUUCAAAACACCUGGAGUUGGAAUUAGGGCAAUCAGUGCGCGUCCCCGGCUAUCAGAGCGCGUCUCCGGCUAUCAGUGCGCGUUUGGAGUUACAGCUGAAGACCCAUGUGUUGGAUUUAUAGCCGUAUUUACAGAAAGACAGACAGAAGCUCAUGUCUGUUAAUCCUGGGAUUUUACUGUUUACACGAUUCACCGCGCGAGAUUAGAGGAAAUAAUGGACUUAAAUACGGAAAUGAUUUUAAUCCACUGAGCUUCAUGAUGGAGUUUAUUUUGUUCAUUACUUUUUUCCUGUAUGAUCAUCAGUGCUGAAACCUAUAGACAGACACCUUUAUUUACGCCAGAAGUACUUCAUCUACUGAAUCACCUUUUUACUAAAACUGUCACUCAGACCAAUAAACCUAUGGAGUUAGUUAUAAUGAUAUUUACAAUAUUAUAGAGAAGUCAUGUGUCACGUGACGACCUUCUAUUUUUAAAGCGUGAAAUGUGACACUGUAAAAAAGUCAUUAGUUAAUCGUUCAUCAUAACCUCCUGUCUUUUAUUUUAAUCUGAAUACUACUACUAACAACAACAACAACAACAACAACAAUAAUAAUAAUAAUAAUAAUAAUAAUAAUAAUAAUAAUAAAAAGCAGUAGAAAUUAAAACAAAAUUUGGUUUCAUGGUUGUUGACAGUGAGAAUCUUUACAGAUCAUAGAUAGAGAAAUAAAUCUCUACUCUGGGAAUAAGAGCUCCGGACGCUGUGUGUUGGAGAGCUGAUUUGCUGAUUUACUGAUUUGUGAAUGCAGAAGUGAUGAUGAUGAUGAUGCUGGGACUUCCUGUAACAGUGCUGUUGAUCAGCUGUGGCUUUAGCUUUAGCACUGAACCUGCACAGAAGGAGAACCGAAGCAUAACAGAUGUGUGUGAGCAGGUGAUUCCUCCGUGUGUGACAGAGGCGGAUCGUUACAGCCUGGAAGCGCUGCGUCACAUCCACCAGGAAAUGGACGACGAUCAGGAUGGAGGGAUCGAGGUGGAGGAGAGUGUGGAGUUCAUUAUUGAGGACAUGCAGCAGCAGCAGCAGACGAAUAAACACAGUAAACUACACAGAGAAGAUCAGCACAUCACUGUGGAGGAGCUCUGGAGAGGUUGGAAGUCCUCAGAAGUUCAUAACUGGACACAGGAGGAUGUGCUGCAGUGGCUGCGAGAGUUUGUGGAGUUGCCACAAUAUGAAAAGGGCUUUAAAGAGUUACGCGUCAGUGGAAACACACUGCCCAGGAUUGCAUCCAAUGAGCCAUCAUUCAUGAGCACCUACCUGAAGAUCCAGGACCAGCAGCACAAACACAAGCUGAAGCUCAAGGCACUAGAUGUUGUGCUGUUUGGACCACCUACAAGGCCACCACACAACUGGAUGAAAGACCUGCUGCUCAUUGUGUCAGUAGUGAUGGGGUUGGGUGGGUGCUGGUUUGCUCAGGUACAGAACAAAGCAUCAAAGGAGCAUAUUUCCAAAAUGAUGAAGGAUCUGGAGAGCCUACAGAGAGCUGAGAAGAGUCUCCGAGACAUGCAGGAGCAGCUGGAACAGGCCCAGGAGGAGAAGCGUACAGUAGCAGUGGAGAAGCAGUUUUUAGAGGAGAAAAUGAGGGACGAGAUCCAGGGAGCUCAAGAAGAGGCCAACCGGCUCCAGCAGCUUCGCAAGGGUGCCGUUACUGAACUUAGUCGGCUGAGAUAUGCCGAGGAAGAACUUGAACAGAUUCGAGGGGCUUUGAAGAAGACGGAGCAGGACAUGCAGGCUAGCUGGUCAGUGCCUGAGUCUCUGCAGCUGUGGCUUCAACUCACACAUGAGGUGGAGAUGCAGUACUACAAUGUCAAAAAGCAGAGUGCUGAACAGCAGUUGGCCACUGCUAAAUAUGAGGCAGAGAGAAUUAAGAAGAAGAGAAGUUCUGUUUUUGGUACCCUCCAUGUGGCUCACAGUUCCUCUUUAGAUCAAGUGGAUCACAAGAUCUUACAGGCCAAAAACUCCCUAACAGAAGUGACGGCAUAUUUGCAAGAACGCCUUCAUAGGUGGCAGCAGAUUGAGCUGUUGUGUGGAUUUGCUAUUAUGAACAAUGUUGGACUGCCAAACCUCACUGCCACCUUGUAUCCUGAACCGAAAUGGAUGGUCUUGUCAAGAUCCACCAUGUCAUCCUACCAAAUGCCCGUAGGCAUUGAGGACAUGGAGGAUGACAUGCCUUCCAUGAUGCCGCAAAAAAUUCCUGUUGCAGUUUCUCCACUGAAGCUUUCUCCUCGAACGCUGGUCCGUUCUCGUCGAACUGGUCAUAUUGUCCAGCCACCUGUUAUUCUGUCACCUGAUCCCGAUCUUCUAAUCCCGAUUCGGCCUCCACUCCCUCCGUAUGGGGAAGAGGAAGGAGAAGGAAUCAUUUUCCCUUCUAUAGUGAAACAAGAGUGUCUAGAGACAGUCUCAGAUCCUGAUCCCAUUGGAUCCUCUGUUGGAAUAAAGUACACCGGGCCUGGAUUGGAUACUUCACAGCGAAAACCAUACCGUGACUGCUUGGACCGUUUCGCUGAUAGUGUCACAAGUAAGAUUCAACUUGAUGGACAAGAGAACAGCCCUUUACGCAAAAUAUCACAAGAAGAACUUGGGCAUCAUCUAAGGGGUGAUUGUAGAAAGGUUUCACGUGAAGAAUUUCAUGUUGAAACCCAAGCAAGGAAAUCAAGGGAGGAACAUGUGUCUCCUGAAGCUUUAGUGAGUCCAAUGAGUACAAAGAUAACCGACGUUCCUGAUGAUUUCAAGAAGAUUCCAAGAAUUUUACCAAUAGAUUCUAGUUAUUCUUCUAUUAAACCAUCCAUCAAGGAGAAAUUAGAUUCCCCUGUGGAACCUUACCUUGGAAUAAAAUACAUGGAUGAUGCUGAGGUAAAUGUGGGCAGUCUGCGACAAAAGAUGUUUAAAGAAAGGAAGGAUCCCUCAGAUGAGAUCCUGUUGAAGAUGAUCCUGAAAGAUGAAUGCACCUCAUACACCCAAAGUGGUCAAGAAUGUGACUUAAAAAUAGACAGUGCUUCACGAUUAAUGCUUAGAGAGGAAACUCAAAAGGGGCAUAACCUGUUAGCAGACAAACCCGUAGACUCUGGAUCCACGAGUCCUCUCAGAGAUGAACAUAAUUACUCCUUCACAGUGGAAGGACAGAGAGUAAAGCUCAGAGAAAGUGAAGAGCUGCCCAAAGAACAAUUUUGCAGAAAGGUGCUCAGAGAUGAUAAAGGUCUGUUCAUUAGCAAGAGAAGGCUGUUUCGACGCAUUUCCACAGAUAGUACAUUUAGUAAAAAGGCAGGUGAUUUGGAUGCUUCCGUGGAAAACCAGCGAACAAUGUCUUUAAGAGAGAGAAAGGACAAUGCUCUAUCCAGGAAGCUCUUUAGAGAUGAACACGAUGUUGUCACAGAGAGACAAAAACUCUUUCAGGACAUCAGGCUAGACAAUACUUUGGACACAGAGAUAGAUAAACUCCAGAGAGAUGUGGUAGAUGUACCUGUGGAGACUGUCAGACCAAAGAUAUCCAGAGAGAAAUUUCUUUCAGACCCAGACCAACCUGACCUGACAAUUGGCUCCUUAAUGCUCUGGACCACACCCUCAGACCCCCUUAGCCAGCUAGUGUAUGAUGGUAUUUUAGAGAAGUCGUAUCAGAACCCUCUAAAUAUGAUGAGUCCUGGAGAUCUUAGUCUUCCUGCCUCUCUGCCCUCAAUAUCCACCUCUUCCCAAAGCCUUGUGAGCAGCGAUGGCUCUGCCAGCAGUUCUACACAAUCAGGCAAUCUUUCACCAGCAGAAUCCUGCAGUGGAAAGAAAGGCAAGAAGUCCUUAAAGCUUAAGAACCUGUUCAGGAAAAAGAAGGAUAAGGAGAAAGAUAAAGACCCAAAACAGGAACAUCCACAAGGAGGUUUACAGAAGCUGUGAGUUGUUACAAGACCUUGUAGACUUACAAGACCUUGUAGACUUACAAGACCUUGUAGACCCAAUAAUGCUAUGAAUCAUGAAUUCUGUGAUUUCAAAACAAAUUGUUGGGAUCCUAAUUGCAGGCUUUGCCAAAUUAACUCUGUAAUGUUUCCAUGGUUAUUGUGAUAAUUGUGGACACUUGGUAGUUGUGUUCUUUUCCCAAAGAGGCUUCAUGCUUGGCAGAUGACAAAAAUCUGUAAAAGCCCCACCAGGUACCACCUGGGCAUGUGAUCCUUGACAGUAUUUGCUCAUGUCCUUGAUGUAUUUGAAAUGGAGUUGUAUGGAAUUGUCUUGUUAUAACUUGCAAACUCUAGUGAAUCAGUACAAACCUACUGCAAUAAAAUCCAAACGGUAGACUAAAAUAUAUCAUCAGUAGGAGACUGCAUAUUACUGUCCCUCACUCCUUCUGGUGGUCACACUUACUUUUUAUUUGUUGGAACUGAGACUCGAGUUUUGAGCCUAAACUCCUGUGCAGUUGUUUCUCAGCUGCCAUAAAAACUUCCAAUCACUUUGUUUCUUUGCUUUGCUACAGGUCUUAAUGAGGUAAAAACGGUUAUAACAGACCUCUAAUGUCUGUGUCAUUCUGUAAUGGUUAUUAGAAGUUUUUUCAUUUCAUUAGAAGGUUUUUCAUUUCUUAAGUAAUUUGCCAUGGUAACGCCUGGAUGUGGCGACGUGGCCGUUAAGGUCGCCUAGGAUAUCUAUGGUGCUAGAGAAUACAGUGCUUUGCAAAAGUAUUCAUACCCGCUGAACGUUUUCACAGUUGACACGUUACAACCACAAACAAAAAUUUAUUUUAUUAGGAAUUUUUGUGAUAGACCAACACAAAGUGGCACAUAAUUGUGAAGUGGAAGGAAAAUGAUAAAUGGUGUCCAAUACUUUUUUUUUUUUUACAAAUAAAUAUCUGAAAAGUGUGGCAUGCAUUUGUUUAUUUGGACACCAUUUAUAAUUUUCAUUCCACUUCACAAUUAUGUGCCACUUUCUUUCGGUCUAUUUCAUAAAAUCCCAAUAAAAUACAUUUUUAUUCUUUGUAGUUGUAACGUGUCAAAAGUGGAAAAGUUCAGUGGGUGUGAAUACUUUUGCAAGGCACUGUAUAUCCAAAGCCACCAAUCUGCUCAGUCAUUAGUCGUUUUCUUACUAAAAAUACAAUUUCUGGAAGGAAACAGCAUCUGUUCAGUUUAUCACAGU